AAAUCUAUCAGUACAAUAGCACUGUUGACGGUGAAAAGCAGGCCUCUAUCUGGAGUCAAGGCCAGAGCAGCAGACUCCUUGUCCCGCUCACCGGCCUCUGCUGCCCCGUAAGGUCCCAGCCAACGCUGAUGCGGAUUUUCUUCCUAAGAGCCCAGGGGGAUGUUUUUCCCUAAGUGCUUGAAAAAAAGAACAAAGAAAAAGUAUCGUUAAGAGGAUUUUCCAUUCUGUUCCUGGCAGCUGGCUCAGAAAGAUGCCCCUGUUCCUGCUGCUCACCUGCCUCCUCACCACCAUCGCCCGGGUGUCGCCCAUAGCCCUAGAUCCUUGUUCCGCUUACGUCAGCCUGAAUGAGCCCUGGAGGAACACUGACCACCGGUUCGACGAGUCUGAAAGCCAACCCCUUUGCGACAACCAUAUGGAUGGAGAGUGGUAUCGCUUCACGGGUAUGGCCGGAGAUGCCAUGCCCACCUUCUGCAUACCAGAAAAUCACUGCGGGACCCACGCACCUGUCUGGCUCAAUGGCAGCCACCCGCUGGAAAGUGAUGGCAUCGUGCAACGCCAGGCCUGUGCCAGCUUCAAAGGGAACUGCUGUCUGUGGAACACCACGGUGGAGGUCAAGGCCUGCCCUGGAGGCUACUACGUGUAUCGGCUGGCCAAGCCCAGCGUCUGCUUCCACGUCUACUGCGGCCAUUUUUAUGACAUCUGUGACGAGGACUGCCACGGCAGCUGCUUGGACACCACCGAGUGCGCAUGCGCUCCGGGAACCUCGCUGGGCCCAGAUGGACAGACAUGCUUUGAUGAAGACGAAUGUGAGCAGAACAAUGGUGGCUGUAGCGAGAUCUGCGUCAACCUCAAAAACUCACACCGCUGUGCGUGUGGGGUGGGCCGCGUGCUGAGGAGCGAUGGGAAAACUUGUGAAGACAUUGAAGGAUGCCACAAUAACAAUGGCGGCUGCAGCCAUUCUUGCGUUGGUUCUGAGAGGGGCUACCAGUGCGAGUGUCCCAGGGGCUUGGUGCUGUCUGAAGAUAACCACACCUGCCAAGUCCCCGUGUUGUGCAAGUCCAACGCCAUUGAAGUGAGUGUCCCCAGGGAGCUGGUUGGUGGCCUGGAGCUCUUCCUGACCAACAACUCCUGCCGAGGAGUGUCCAAUGGCACCCACGUCAACAUCGUCUUCUCCCUCAAGACCUGCGGCACAGUGGUUGAUGUGGUGAAUGACAAAAUCGUGGCCAGCAACCUCGUGACAGGUCUGCCCAAGCAGACCCCUGGGAGCAGCGGGGACAUCAUCAUUCGGACCAGCGAACUGCUGAUCCCUGUGACCUGUGAGUUUCCACGACUGUACACUAUCUCUGAAGGAUACGUGCCCAACCUGCGCAAUGCGCCUCUGGAAAUCAGGAGCCGAAACCACGGCAUCUUCCCCUUCACGCUGGAGAUAUUCAAGGACCACGAGUUCGAGGAGCCGUACAGGGAGACUCUGCCCACACUCAAGCUUCGCGACUCACUCUACUUCGGCAUUGAGCCCCUGGUGCACGUGAGCGGCCUGGAGAGCCUGGUGGAGAGCUGCUUCGCCACGCCCACUGCCAAGAUGGAUGAGAUACUCAAGUACUACCUGAUCCAGGAUGGCUGUGUCUCCGAUGACUCAGUGAAGCAGUACUCAUCCCGGGAUCACCUAGCAAAGCACUUCCAGGUCCCUGUCUUCAAGUUUGUGGGCAAAGAUCACAAGGAGGUAUUUCUUCACUGCCGUGUCCUUGUUUGUGGGGUUCUGGAUGAACGCUCCCGCUGUGCCCAGGGAUGCCACCGGCGAGUGCGUCGUGAGGCGGGGGAAGACGAGGACUCUGCUGGGCUGCGGAGCCAGACACUGACGGGCGGCCCCAUCACCAUUGACUGGGAGGACUAGUCCCUCCCUCCUCUCUGGAAUGUCUUCCUAGGUCCUCUGAGCACAGCAGAGAACCUCCCAGAACACCUGGCUUCUUUAAACCAUAGACUGUGAGUCUAGACAGUCCCUCCUACCACGUGAAAGGAUUGAUUAGCUGGUUUUGUCCCUGGCUUUUGUCACUACUGACCCGUGACCUAGGUGGUCUUCAGUUUCUGGGUUUGAAGAACUAUGUUGUCCCCAUGGAAGGACAGCUUCCUCAUGUUCUCUAUUUCUUUCUUACAAUAAAAUACCUCAUUUAUGGUAAAAUGAGGUGCUGGGAAUAGAAUUCUAAUUUAAAAACCUAAAAAGAUAUAUUACUAAAACUAUAACUCAUGAUCUCCUAAAUAUAUAAUAAUUAUGUCCUGAAAUUCCAACCCCAAUACGGAAUAUUUAUAGGAGAGUUGAAAGUUUAUCAAUAAAA